AAGUUAAUGUAUGCAUUAGAGUCGCGUCCAGCGGAGAUGCUGGUGUGUGGGGCGUGAUUGGCUGGAUCAGAAGCUUCCCGGCUUGUGCCUAUAAAACCCGUGCGCUGUUCUCUCCGUGCAUCAGACCCCAGGCAGUCGGGAGCGGGGAGCAAGCAGACACACUCACAAACACAGUGGACACAGCGUGAACAUAAUCAGCUGGAGCUCAAAAAUACACAUUGCUUUAAAUCCAAGGAGCGCAACCAUCCUAUUGCUGGAACUGAGCUGGAAUAUUGGAUCGAAAAUUUUGGCACUGAAAACAUCACGGCACCACAGGUGGGACAAAGAACCUCAGACUUGGUCACAUGUUGUCAAACCCGGAGCAGGACCCAGUGUCUGGAUGAAAAUGAGCACGUGAAUAUGUGUGUGUGUGAGACCAUUUAAGUGUGUAAUUUUUAGGCUGCCACGUGCCUUUGAGUGAGCGAACAUCUUGCUGUGUGAGUGUGAGGCUUGUGUGAGGAUGAGGGCCCUCGCUCUGCUGUGUCUCCUGAUGGUGGCGGAGGUCGGGGCCUCCAGGUUCGCCCGUGACACCCAGGGAGGACCUGACGCUUCAGAAACCUCCAAGAGCAACACAUCUGUCCCACUGCCUCCUCCGCAACCGGGCCGACCGCGGGGCUCCUCCCCCCCCAUGUGCCUAAAGCCCACAGAGAUCAAAUACGCCUUCAAGUAUGUGAACACCAUCGUGUCGUGCCUGAUCUUUGUGGUGGGGAUCAUCGGCAACUCAACGCUGCUCAGGAUCAUAUAUAAGAACAAGUGUAUGAGGAACGGGCCAAACGUCCUGAUUGGCAGCCUGGCACUGGGGGACCUUCUAUAUAUUAUCAUCGCCAUCCCAAUCAAUGUGUUUAAGCUGAUAGCAGAGGAUUGGCCGUUUGGUGUGUACGUCUGCAAACUGAUGCCCUUCAUCCAGAAAGCUUCUGUGGGAAUCACCGUCCUCAGCCUGUGCGCCCUCAGCAUUGACCGCUACCAUGCAGUGACGUCAUGGAGCAGGGUGAAGGGGAUUGGGAUCCCUCUGUGGAAAGCUGUGCAGGUGACUCUGAUCUGGCUGGUGGCCGUGGUGCUGGCCGUCCCCGAGGCGCUGGGGUUCGACAUGUUGGAGAUUCCAUACAGAGGCAGUAAGCUGCGAGUCUGUCUCCUGCACCCGGAACAAACCAUCAGCUUCAUGAAGUUCUACCAGGAUGUGAAAGAUUGGUGGCUGUUUGGCUUCUACUUCUGCUUCCCACUGGCCUGCACAGGAAUCUUCUACACCCUCAUGUCCUGUGAAAUGCUCAGUCGUAAAAAAGGCAUGCGCAUCGCACUCAAUGACCACAUGAAACAGCGGAGGGAAGUGGCGAAGACGGUCUUCUGCCUUGUCUUGAUUUUUGCUCUCUGCUGGCUGCCCCUUCAUCUCAGCCGUAUCUUGAAGAAAACUAUUUACGACCAAAACGACCCUAACCGCUGUGACCUGCUCAGCUUCCUGUUAGUGAUGGAUUACAUCGGCAUCAACAUGGCCUCCCUAAACUCCUGCAUUAACCCGAUUGCCCUCUACUUUGUCAGCCAGAAGUUUAAAAACUGCUUCCAGUCUUGCCUGUGCUGCUGGUGCUACAGAAUGUCUCCCCUGGACGAGCGAUGUUCGGGAGGACGCUGGAAAGGCUCCUGCCACGGGAACGGCCUUGACCGCUCCAGCUCCCGCUCCAGUCAGAAAUACACAAGCUCUUCAUAAACACACCCACAGGCACACACACCUACAGUACACACACACGUACCUCUUCUCCCAAACCCAUGUUCCAAUCAGCUUCCAUCACAGAGAAACAGCAGGAGGGAAGAACAGAAUGAGAUUCUACAGGACACACAUAAGACUGAAAGACUCUGACAUACAAGCAUUAAGCCAAGGACUGUUCCUGUUCAGGCUGCAGCACCAUACUGCAGAAACUAUGAUGAAACCAGGGCAGCAUAAAUCUGUUCAUACUCCAACACUUAGGGUUAAAAGUCUCUCAGUGGACAAUUACGGUAUAUACACUUAUAAAGAAUGUUAAUUCAAGCCACAUGUAAAUGUAUGUACAUUAUUUACCUGCAGACAUAUAGUUAUAUCUAUAGCCUUAGUGCUUCAUGUAUGAAUAAUAGCCGAAGAGUACUAACUGUUGAAGCUUUAAUACCUCACGGGGAAAGAUAGAGGGAAACUGUGACCCGAGAAUCAGUAGCCGAUUAUCUGAAAGUCAUGUGCGUGUUCUCACUGCGUGAUGCCCAUGUGCCUUGGUGACAUCAUACCUAAGCAAAAUGGGGCCCACUGUGUAUCUUACAGUAAUGUGGAGAGGCAAACAGCAGAAAUCCUUCAUCUGGAAAUCAUUUGAGUUGCAGUUUGAGUCAUCUGGAGGAAAGCUGUUGUCCUUGAACGCCGACAAACACCAGAUGACUUCCAUCAUGUCACACAGAAGAGGUCAAUAUUAGUUUUAUUAUUAAUGCAGUACUCACGCUGUUGUAAGUGGUUUCCACUAUGUAUAAAGUCUUAACUUGUCUCUUUACAAUGUAGCUUCUAUUUUUCUAAGAAAAUAUCACAAAACACGUGGAGCUCAUUUCAUCUUUCCAACAUGAAGUGCUUAUUAAUUACUUUCCAAAUAUCUGACCUCCAUCAGUGAGUGAUCAGGUUACAUGAGCAGUCGUGUGGCUGGAAAAUUACUUGUUUGACUGCAGCAGGAACACAUUUCCUAUGAUGGAGACGUUUAAAAGCUUUAGGAAGGAAAAAAUACAUUUUUGUACAGCUGUUUUUAAAAAGUGAAUGUUUUUCUGAGAAUGGUCAUAGCAUUUAUUUAGAGAUAUGUGGUUCUUUCCUUUCAGUGGAGGAACCAAAUCAAUUUAGGUAAAAUUCAGGGACAGAUUGAAUGUGAGCGAUCGACAUAAUCUGUGAAUGAGAGAAUUUCUCAUAAGAGAGAUGAAGUAUGUGGGGUCCAACACAGGAGGACUUUAGGACACCUGAGAUUGCUGAGCAACUCAGUCGUCACAUACUUAUGAUACCAGCAUCAAGAAAACACUUUUUACAUAAGUUAGAAAAACUAGGGCUAGACGAUGUGGCAGAAUUUAUAUCAAGAUAAAAAUGUUCAUAUCAGUCAAUAUCGAUAAUUUUACGAUAAAUGUCACAUUAUUAUUUCUUUUGAGAUUAAAGACUGAUUUUUGCUCCCAAGUAGUUGUGGUUUGACAAACAGAGAAUGACAAAUAUUUUACAAACCUGAGGUUGAUGAUGUGUUUUCUCAACAGUAUAUAAAUACACAUUGAGCCUUUGUUAUAUUACUUUUGAUGAAAAUCAUUUUGCAAGCCCUAUAUAAGUGACAUCAUACAGCCCUCCUGAUGAUAUGCACAUGAUAAAUCCAUUUAAUCUGGAUCUGAGAUAGAGUUUUUUUUUGAAAUUUUGCAUAUUUAGUGUAUUUUACCAAACUAGUGGAUGAAUGUGUCCUCUUUAAAAACCAAAGUUGUGCUUAAUGACCAGAUAAUGUGUCAAAUGACACUGAAGCUUCUUAUUUUUAUGUUGUUUUGAAUAUAGACAGUAUUUUUGUGUGUAAUAUAUGAAUCAAACAUAACAUUUCCUUUGCUACUGUAAUAAGAAUUUGCAACAGUAGCAGUACAUUAACUCAUCGUGUGUAAUUAUCCAGGGGAAGGUCUGAGCAGUUUUGUGAGAAUCUUUGCAGAGGGACCCCCAAGAAACAUUUAAGUCAUUUGAGGCUGAUGAUAAAAUGUGAAUAUUAGCCCUGGUGUUCUGGAUCACAUUUAAAUUGUAGCCCACUUGUUUAAUGAGAGUAUGCAGUAAUAAAAAAUAUUUUAUAACAUA